UACGAGGAUUUUCAGUUGCGGAAUGUAUUAUAACAAUUGGAUUUCGAAGCGUACAAGCUUCAAAACCCUGGCAUUGUUGGCCAUCAAUUUCCUGCCCGUUUGACACCGACCAAAUUCGCCAUGUUUCCAAACCCAAGUAUGAAAUGGCGGUUCAAAAAACUGGAUUCUCAAAACCUUCAUCACUUCUUUCCGUAUGAUCGUUUGACGAAAUUGGACUACGAAACAGAAAUUGACUACAUUUCAAGGUGUUUCUUUCGAUACUUUAACUUCACAAUAUUCAAAAUAGAUAGCAUUGAAGAGUUCAUUAAUUUACCUACAGGUAAAAAUAAAAUGUUCAUCAACUGCAUCUAUACCUACGGAUACACAUGUCGGAUUGCCUUUGCUAGAAAGACUACCAGUAGCAUUAUUGGAAAUGUACAAUUGAGCAUAUACGACUUCACCGAAGAGGAAAUCAAUAAUCACCUCCGUCCCUGUGCUGUAGACCCCGGGCGCAAAGAUGCGUUUGUUUCGUACCAUGGAGGAACAGAUGUUAGAAAGUGUUCAACUCAAGAGUAUUACCAAGCCAUGGGAUAUAAGGGCAGGAUGAAGAUAGAAGAAGAAUUGAAACAGCAACAGGGUAUCAAAACCAUAGAGUCACUAAUCCCAUCUGUUAAAACAACAUCUGCUAGCCGCUAUCGUGAUCAUAUACAGUAUAUGUGCGCACAUAUGACUAUUCUGCAUCAGUUUUAUGGGUAGAGAACCGCAGAGCUGAACUGGAAGAAUUUUUGUGGAAGACAAGUAUCCUUAGAAUAUGCUACAAACAUACUGCUGAAUGGAGGAAAGAAGUAUAACCCGCAGAAGAGAUCACGGCAUAUGAGUAAAAGAAAUCACAAGAGACGUAAAAAGCAAAACAAUCACCGAAAUCCCGGCAUAGCUCAUCAAUCAGUCAAUACCAUU